CAAACCAAUUUACCUACUCUACUGUACAUAAGAACAACAUCUAAACUCAAGUCUUCCAAUCUCCAUCUCCAUCUCAUCGAUAUUAUUAUAUACAUAGCCAUUCGAACUAGGUUGUUGAUUCAAGCCAACCUUUGGUUUCCGGUUGAUCUCCCCCCUAUCUAAUAGUGGCUUCCCGGCCCCUCCCCUCCCUCACCUUCGAAUCCACUUUCUCAGGGACCUGCCUGGACUGGACCUCCAGCCAGCCAACGGGACAUAUGCGUGCACGUUGUUGCGGUUCGCUUUGGUGAUGGUUUUUUGCGCUGUUUCUGACUUCCUGCACUCCAUCUGGUCUUGUCGACGCUGCGGUUCUACACGAACGGGGCCUGUGUGGCGUUGGUCUGCCCAGUGUCUUAACUCUCAAAAUCUCGUGCGUCUUGCCUUGCGUCUUGCGUCUUGACUUUCUGCCAACUUUAGCGUCAUCCUGCUGCAUCCAAGCUUCAUCCUUGGGGAAUAGCCAUGGCCGACAGCGGGGCCUUUCCUUCUUCGUCUGAAUCGCCUCCAAACCUGGAUUCUCUUCAUGUGUCUCUCUCCUCUUCCUCCUCCUUCUCCUCUCCCUCCGCAUCCUCGCUUGAGACCUCCCUUCCCGCCAUAACCGCCAGCUUCUCGGACUUGCUGCGCUUUUCUACCUGUCUUCCCCCCCCACCGUUGUCCCCUCCAACGCCGUCAACCAUGGUGGGGUGGAUUGGUUGGGUAUUUACCCUCGUUUUCAAGGUCAUUCCAAGUAUUCUAUACUGGAUAAUCACCUUUUCCACUAUAACCCUGCCCACAUGGCUUUUCACCCUCUUUUCCAUGAGCUUGACCUUCACCAUGAAUUUUACAACGCUGUUGUUGAUCGUACUGGCCGUUGUUUCGACAAUCAGUUGGUUCAUCCGUUACCGGUUCCUGAACAUGUACAGCCGUCUGCCUCCGGAGCCACAACGCAAGGAACCCCAGCUCGACCUCUUCCCCGAUGUACAGGAAGGCGAUUCGAAACCGGGCCUGGCGAACUACCUGGACGAGUUUCUGAGUGCUAUUAAGGUCUUCGGCUACCUAGAACGGCCGGUAUUCCACGAGUUGACACGUACGAUGCAAACAAGAAAGUUGAUCGCGGGCGAGACACUUCUCCUGGAAGAAGAGAAAGGCUUCUGUUUGGUCGUAGAUGGAUUGGUUCAAAUCUUUGUCAAGUCUAUCCGUGAUGGGAAACCACGCUCUAGUGAUGAGCACCUUGGCGAGUCGUCGGACGAAGAAUAUCAUCUAGGUGACGGGAAACAGGGAUAUCAGCUGCUCACCGAGGUUAAGAACGGUGCAUCCAUGUCCUCACUAUUCUCUAUUCUAUCCUUAUUCACAGAGGAUAUCCAACUACAAACAGCAGAGAGUUCCUCAUCUAGCAUAUCUAGCAUCCAGCCAAGCCCUGCCAGGGUGCCUGAUUUGUUUCCCGGCAGCCCUCGAGGGACAGCGGAUGGGUCACCAUCUGUGAUACCGAGCGAUCGUGCUGAUACUGCCUCUCAUAUUAAUGGCAAUGGAGAUUUUCUGCCCUCGGUGCCCCCCUUACACUUGGGAGAGAGCAGAGCGUCUCCGCCGAACCGUCAAGACUCUCGGCCUAACGGCACCAAGCGGUCACAGAACAACGGACGGAAAUCAGUCCACCCAGACAUCGUUGCUCGGGCCAUGGUAGACACCACAAUUGCAAUUAUUCCAGCCAGUGCUUUCCGUCGCCUCACACGGGUGUAUCCUAGGGCGACUGCGCAUAUAGUCCAGGUGAUUCUUACAAGACUACAACGGGUUACUUUUGCAACGGCGCAUUCUUAUUUAGGCCUUACGAACGAGGUUCUGGGCAUCGAAAAACAAAUGACUAAGUUUAUUACCCAUGAUUUACCGAAUGAUAUGCGUGGAUCGGCCCUUGAUCGGCUCAAGGACAAGUUUUUGAAGGAGCGAAAUCGUCUGGGCCCCGAAGAAAUUACAAAAGGCAUUGCCCUGCAUAACCCUUAUGCUGGUAGGAGGCGUCGGUCGAACAGCUUUCUGAGAAAAGACGCCGCCCUUCAGGCAAGGAUUGCCGCCCCAAAGCGUCCUGUGUCUCUUAUAAACCCAGAAUACUUCCCGGGUGAGCGUGACACUGCUGGAGUUAGCCCGGGUGACCUUCUUUCCACAAUCCAACUCUCUCGAUUUGGUCCUAGACACGAGCUUUUCUCUUCCACACCUCAACUUCAUAGCCCUCUGGCUGAGAAGGAGGAGUCUCCUUUACGCCCUUUGAGUUCAACAUCACGAGGCUCUCCUUUCCAGCGAAAAGAAUCAGUUGAUGAGGAUGCGUUGUUCCGCGAAUCUGUAUUAGAAUGCAUUAUGAAAGGAAUUGGUCUUAGUAAGAGCUCUCAUGAUGCGCUGCGCAAGGGUAGUCUUGCCUCUGGGGAUGCGUCCCCGAAGUUGGUUUCUUAUGACUCUCGUCGUCAGAAAGCUGUUUUCUCUAACAACGCCUUCGGAUUUAUUGACCCCUAUGACGAGUCUGUGGACGGUGAAACGGAGUCUAUGAUGUCCCUGUCGGUUACUAGUGCUGGUGGUACAUCACCUAUUGUCAACUUGAAAGAGGAGCUUCGGAAUGAUAUCGAGAUUGUCUACUUCCCGCAGGGCUCGGUGUUGGUGGAGCAAGGGGAGCGUCAUCCGGGCCUAUAUUAUGUGAUUGAUGGCUUCCUGGAUGUGGGAAUCCCUGUGAGUGAAAAAGGCGAGGAUCUUGUUGGAGCGUCCCAGUCUACUUAUUUGAAACCCGACGAAGAAGUUUUCCCGACUCUCAAGCGGACCCAGACGGCCUCCUCGCGUUCAUCAAUUGCUGCGACGGCCACAAGCGACCCUAGACGCAAGAGACAAUCCCGGAAAUCCCUAUAUUUGAUCAAACCCGGUGGAAUCCAGGGGUACGUAGGCUCAAUUGCCUCAUACCGUUCAUACACAGAUGUUGUUGCAAAGACAGAUGUGUACGUUGGAUUUCUUCCGCGAGCGUCCUUGGAGAGAUUGGCGGAACGAUAUCCUAUUGCCUUGUUAACUCUGGCAAAGCGACUGACAAGUCUUCUUCCACGCCUCCUCCUCCACAUCGAUUUCGCCUUGGAAUGGGUGCAAGUGAACGCCGGCCAGGUCAUUUAUCAUCAAGGAGAUGAGAGUGAUGCUAUCUAUAUUGUCCUUAACGGACGUUUGCGGUCUGUCCUUGAAGGUCCUAGAGGCAAAAUUACAGUUGUUGGCGAACACGGUCAAGGGGAAAGCGUUGGUGAGUUGGAAGUUAUGACUGAGUCAACCCGACCUGCAACUCUCCAUGCUAUUCGAGACACGGAGCUGGCCAAGUUCCCUCGAUCUCUUUUCAACAGUCUCGCUCAAGAGCAUACUGGAAUUACUAUUCAAGUCUCCAAACUAAUCGCCCAGCGAAUGCGAGAUCUGGUUGAAAACCCUGUAUCUGAGCAGGGAAUCGAACAAAGCAACGUUGGAACUGUCAAGACGGCGACAUCGACUCUCAACCUCCGCACUGUUGGUAUCCUUCCGGUGACCGCUGGGGUUCCGGUAGUUGAAUUCGGUCAUCGCCUGCUGCAUGCCCUUCACCAAAUUGGGGUGACUAAUGGAGUGACAUCCUUAAAUCAAGCGGCUAUCUUAAACCAUCUAGGGCGACACGCUUUUAGCAAGAUGGGAAAGUUAAAACUAUCUCAGUACCUGGCAGAUUUGGAGGAAAAGUACGGAAUGGUUCUCUAUAUCGCGGACACCAAUGUAAACGCUCCCUGGACCCAAACCUGCAUUACGCAAGCGGAUUGCAUUCUUCUUGUGGGUCUCGCAGAGUCCUCGUCCAGCAUCGGAGAGUAUGAAAGGUUCUUGCUUGGAAUGAAAACUACAGCGAGAAAGGAGCUGGUGCUCUUGCACGCCGAUCGAUAUUGCCCUCCUGGGCUAUCGCGCAGGUGGCUGAAGAACCGUGUAUGGAUCAAUGGAGGCCAUCAUCAUAUCCAGAUGGCUUUCCGCCUUACUGCAGAGCCAUCACAUCCUCAAGCCAAGCGAUUUGGAACGGUCCUGAAGCAAAGAGUUCAGGUUCUUCAGGCAGAGAUUCAGAAAUACACCUCGCGCAGAAUUCGACAGACGCCACUUUACUCGUCUCAAACGCCGUUCAAGGGCGAUUUUCAUCGAUUGGCGCGUCGCCUCUGUGGCAGAUCAGUUGGACUCGUGCUUGGUGGCGGUGGUGCCAGAGGCAUUGCUCACGUUGGUGUAAUUAAGGCCUUGGAAGAAGCAGGGAUUCCAGUCGACAUCAUCGGUGGUACCUCGAUUGGUGCUUUCAUUGGCGCUCUGUAUGCUCGAGAUGCGGACGUCGUGCCCAUGUACGGCCGUGCGAAGAAGUUCGCCGGGCGUAUGGGUAGCAUGUGGCGAUUCGCUUUAGACUUGACAUACCCUUCUGUUUCUUACACAACUGGCCAUGAAUUCAAUCGUGGGAUCUUCAAAACCUUUGGGGAUAGUCAGAUUGAGGAUUUCUGGCUCGAAUUUUAUUGCAACACUACUAAUAUCAGCCGGUCUCGCGCUGAAUUCCAUUCGUCUGGAUACGUCUGGCGUUACGUGCGUGCAUCCAUGUCACUCGCAGGCCUUAUCCCUCCAAUUUGUGACGAGGGCAGCAUGCUACUUGAUGGAGGUUAUAUUGACAAUCUAACGGUGGCUUAUAUGAAAGGAUUGGGUGCGGAUGUGAUCUUUGCAAUUGACGUGGGGUCGAUUGAUGACAAUACCCCACAGGGUUAUGGUGACUCUCUUUCUGGAUUUUGGGCAGUGAUCAAUCGCUGGAAUCCCUUUUCUUCGUGCCCGAAUCCUCCCACCCUUUCCGAAAUACAGGCAAGACUUGCGUACGUGUCAUCAAUCGACAACCUGGAACGCGCGAAGAAUACCCCUGGCUGUCUUUACCUUCGCCCACCAAUUGAUCGCUACGGAACUCUGGAGUUCAGUAAAUUUGACGAGAUUUACCAGGUGGGGUAUGCCUACGGUAAAGAAUACCUCGAGAAACUCAAGAACGAAGGUUCUCUUCCGCUGCCUGAGGAAACUGAAGAGAAAAAGAAGCUCCAACGUACGCUAGCGCCACGCCGGGCUAGCAUAUAGUUCUGUAUCUUGACAUUUGUACUCCGCCUGGACUGCUAUGUUCAGUGCAUGACUGAUGACAAUGCGGCGUUGUCGGUAUAUUUGUGAAUUUCGAAAGAACCUUCGUAUAGAUCAAGUGUUGACUGACGUGGAUACCUUCACUGGGGGUUUAUAGGAAGUAAUAGAUAAACCAAAGACACGAUCAGGAACUGAUGAUAUCUACAAACGAAUUCUGGAUCCGCACUAUGUCUGUCUCCCCGCAAAGUGUGGGUGGGUAAAGCAGAAGAAGACCGCACAAGUAGAC